CAUAGCGUCCAAGAUUCCGAUAGUCUUGUGAUCGGGCUGUAUGCUGUUGUCUGUCAAAUUGUGUUAAUACGGGGUGAAUUUUUUUCGCCCACAUGUAUAUAGAGUUAUGACUAUAGGUUGUUAUUACUUAAUCCUCUCUUUUUUCUGUUAGUGUCAUUAUUAAGAUAAAACGAUGUUGGUGUUGGUGCUUGGAGAUUUGCAUAUUCCUCAUCGCUGCAGCAGUCUUCCUGCAAAAUUCAAGAAGCUCCUUGUACCUGGAAGAAUACAGCACAUUCUGUGCACAGGGAAUUUGUGUACUAAGGAAUCCUAUGAUUACCUGAAGACUCUUGCAAGUGAUGUGCAUGUUGUUCGGGGAGACUUUGAUGAAAAUCUGAACUAUCCAGAACAGAAGGUGGUGACAGUUGGCCAAUUCCGCAUUGGUCUCUCCCAUGGACACCAAGUUGUGCCUUGGGGGGACCCGGAGUCUUUGGCACUGAUCCAGCGCCAACUGGAUGUGGACAUCCUGAUUUCGGGCCACACACACAAAUUUGAAGCUUAUGAGCAUGAGAACAAAUUCUACAUCAAUCCAGGUUCAGCUACUGGGGCCUACAAUCCCUUGGACACGAAUAUCAUCCCAUCAUUUGUUUUAAUGGAUAUUCAGAGCUCAACAGUUGUUACUUAUGUGUAUCAACUAGUAGGUGAUGAAGUGAAGGUGGAACGAAUUGAAUAUAAAAAGAACUGAAACAAUAUUCAAAGAAGAGCUUUACGUGAACUUUGCCAGUGGGUGAAAUUUGUCUGUCUCAGAAAUAAUCUUCGUAAUCAUCCAUUAUACCAUGCAACAGUUUAUGAAGAAAGAAUUUUCCUUGGUGUCCUUUUUUCCUGUCCUCCUUAAGUUACUUUAAAUAAUAAAAUUUCAAGAUCUGAAAAUAGAAAAAUGAAAAAGAAAUUUUGAACAAAACCAAAGAGUUUUUAUUGUACCAGUCAUUUUUAAUGACAGUUUUGAUUGUUGUCACUGAUCUGUAAAACAAACUAUUUAUGAUUAAAGAUCAGUGGUGGGCUGAAUGAAAAAAAUGCAUUUAUAUUUAAUUUGAAUUUUGAGAAUAUAUUUCAUUGCCAAAAAAGUUUUCCUAAUCUCAAUUAGUAAUGUUAUGUUAUUAAGGCAUUUCUGUAAUUAAUCUUUUGUAGUUGAGAACAAAAAUCUCAUCAGCUAUGUUCACUUAUAGAAAUUUGUUAUCUUUCUUAUAUCUCAUUUUUAUUUUGAAUAUAUAGCAUUGAAUAAUCUUUAUUACAUUGAUGGUAUAUAGAUUUUUCUUAAAUUUGUGCAAGUGGUAUAAAAUAUAUCAUGUGUAAUUUCUUUAUUGUUUUUGUAAGUUAUGACAACAAUUUAUUACAUUUUGUUGUAUUUCUUAGGAUACAGUGUUCAUUAAUGUAUUCAUAAUCAAAACAUCCCAAAUAUUUGCAGUUUUUGUUUUGCGGUUUUGUAGAAUAACUGAAUGCUUGUAUGAUUGUUGUACACCAACACCAUUCUGUGCAAUGAUUCUUUCUUCUUAAAAUUUGCAGUUUGACUUAAAACCUGUACAUAAAAAUAUGUUAUAUAUGUACAUAUUUCUCUGAAAACCGUACUCCUAUGGAAAAACCAAUUAAUAAACAAAUUAAUCAAAUUUUAACUUGGUCAUUUUUGUGAAACAAUUUUCAAUUAAUUUCAAUAAUUUCAAAAUACUGUCAUUUUAUCUGCUAAAUAAUAAUUUUUGUUUUAUUUUUAAUAAUCAUGUUUGAGAAUGAAAAUUUGUUAAACCUUGUUUUGGGCAAGUAAUUAUUCUUAUUCAGUCUUAAUUUUGUGGAGUUAUAAAUAUAAUUUGAUUGAAUAAUAUCAUAUUUGCAUUAUUUUAACUAUCAUAUUAUGCCUUGUAAACAAGGACUACAUUUAUUCCUCACUCUAACGAGUGGGUACAAUACUUUACAUUUGCAAGAACUGAUUUUUCAUCUUUUUUUAUGAAAAAAAUAUUCCAAAUUAAUCCUGAUACUGUUAUGUAGUCUUAAUGCAAGGUGGUACAGAGAUACUAUAUUAUUUUAAUUAAUGUUUAUAGUUUUAUUAAUGUAUUUGAACUGGGUUCUGUUAGCAUUUGGUUAAAAUUCAAUAUAUCAAUAUUAUUGUAUUUUUAAAAUGCUUAUAUAACCUAUAGUGCAAUUUGUGUAUAAAUACAGUAUUAUAUAGGGAAUUAAUCUCUUUCAUUUCUAAUUUUUUCCUUUAAUCCUAAAAAUUUUGUUCGAAAUGGAUUGGAAAAUAGUAAUGUAAUUAUAAUGAUAGUAAUACAUUAUAAUAGUAAUGUAAUUACGAGAAUUUAUUGCAUAAUAUUAAAGUACACAACAUACAUUACUGCUGAAGAAUAGGUUCAUGGUAAAUGAUAUAUAGUAAUGUCAUUUUAAUACAGUGGUUUCAUGUAAUUGGCCUACUAAAACAUUAUCCCAAAAAUGCUAAGUUGGUAUAGAUUAAAAUCCAAUAUAACCAAUAAAACAAUUGUUUCUUUUAACUCUCUUGCCAUACUACAUACUAUGUGGCUUGGUAGUGCUUAUGUAGCAGUUGAGGAAAAUGUAUUGUAACGCUGUGGAAAAUAUCAGCAAUGCUUCAACAGGAAAACUUAUAUUGUGGGACCCUAGUAUUGAAAAUGUGGAUAAAUCUUAUACUUUUAUGUAGUAAAUUAUUUUCUCUAAGAAGUGUUGUCAGAAUCCACAUUUUUUAGGUCCUUGAUACUGAAAAAUUGAUGUCAAAACGGUUAAUUUUUUGUCUGUAUUUGUUUGUCAAAGGCACCUAAAUCGGUUAAAUGAUUUUCUCCAAAACUGAUAUUUUCAACCAAUAUGGCCAAAAUCGAGACCCUGCGAGUUUCAAACUGAUUCCAUAUUUACCUGAAUAUAACUCGAGAAGUCAACUAAUUCUUACCACAGUGAAACUUGCUCAAUGUGAAACGUGUAUAAUGCUGAAAUCUGUGUGACGGCCCUGCCACACAUAAAUUCUACAAUAUUACAUUGCAUAAUACAGAACUAUGAUUUUCUUGUUCCUUAAAACUAAAUCUAUAAAUUGCGAAAGAUACAAAUAAUACGAGAAGAUGUGUGGUUAGGGAAAACCGCGCUAGCCGACAUGUAGGCCAGCUUCACCAGCGAGGAAAGAUCACCAGAUCACCGCCUCCUCCCGAAGAAAAAAAAUGCCCUACACGUAAUACUGGAUUAACUUCUUAGCAGUUGUCGUGCCCGGGAACGCGAAGUAAUCAAAUAGGGUACGAAUUGAUGGGAAGGGGGUAUGUCGGGGAUCGAUUCAUUCUUAGUGUGAUGACCUCUGCUGAACAAAAACAUUAAUUUCUCUCCCUACCUAUACAAUCCAUUGAUAACCAUUGCAUUCAAAAUUUCCAGAAUUUGAAAAGUUCAAGAAUAAGAGAUUAUUAAGAUUUAUUCAGACUAUGCAACUUAACUUAAAAAUGUAUAUUCGCUGAGUCCUUGUUAUAAGUUGCCCGUUCUGAAUGAAAGCCUCGUUCGUCUUCUGCGCAUUGUGUAUAGUGACCUCGACGGAAGCACCGGCAGAGUUAUUUUGCGAGUGUCGUCGUGAAUACGAGAGUGUGUUGAAGAUAUUUCAUUAUUGCAACAUACUCCAGGGUAGUUCUGUUUCUAAAUAAAACAAUUUUAUAUAAUUAUUGUUAUCACUGAUUGCUGCAAUAGCAACUAAUAUCACGAAAUACACUAGUGUAAAACGUAACUAAACAAUGCUUUUUUUAUGGUAAGUGCUUUUUGCUAAGUGUUGGAGUGUGAUUACAUUAUUUUCGCAACAUAUGUCGUGUUUGUAAGAAUUCUAUUACCUAAAAUUCGAGUGCCCAGUGGAAAUCAUCAAAACAAAACCGAAGUGCCAGUGAGCAUAUUUGACACGGAUACUACGCAUAUAAUUAAGGAAGUAAUGUUUGAAUCGUCUCCUGUAUUAUUUCAGUAGUAUACACACUUUUUGCGGGUCUCACGCGCAACCGACCUUGAUAAAUAAUGUCUCUAAAUAAAGAGAGCCAAAUGCAAUCCGCAACACUUCUUAGGAUUUUUGAAUGUAUAUCGUUAAAUAAC